GUGACAGCGGGCGCCAUUUUGUGUGGUUAACGCAAAGCUAACCGGAGAGACGGAGGCAGCCGAAGCGCUGCGAGUGUCAGUCACCGGUCAGCGCAGGAGGCGCGGGCGGGAGAACAUAUAAAUAAUUAAAGAUGUGGGAUCAAGGUGGGCAGCCUUGGCAACAGUGGCCUUUGAAUCAGCAGCAAUGGAUGCAGUCAUUUCAGCAUCAGCAAGAUCCAAGCCAAAUUGACUGGGCUGCAUUAGCUCAAGCAUGGAUUGCUCAGCGGGAAGCGUCGGGGCAACAGGGUGUAGUAGAACAGCAAGGAAUGAUGCCAAAUGGCCAGGAGAUGACAGCAAUGGAACCUGGUCCAAACAACCAUAGUAAUUUUCAGAAUGAUCCAAAUUUCAACAGGAUGUGGCAGCCAGAAUGGAACAUGCCCCACCAACCGCCUCAUCCGCCUCCAGAUCAGCCAUGGAUUCCUCCAGCCCCUGGAUCAAUGGAUAUCGUUCCUCCAUCUGAAGAUAGUAACAGUCAGGAUAGUGGGGAAUUUGCACCUGACAACAGGCAUAUAUUUAAUCAAAAUAAUCACAACUUUGGGGGACCACCACCUGAUAACUUUGCAAUGGGGCCAGUGAACCAGUUUGACUAUCAGCAUGGGACUACUUUUGGUCCACCUCAAGGUGGGUUUCAUCCACCUUACUGGCAGCCUGGACCACCAGGGCCCCCAGGACCUCCAGCACCUCCUGCACCUCCUCAAAAUCGAAGGGAAAGACCAGCAUUUAGAGAUCGCCAACGAUCACCAAUCACAUUGCCUGUGAAACAGGAACCCCCUCAAAUUGAUGCUGUUAAACGUAGAACUCUACCUGCUUGGAUUCGUGAGGGCUUAGAGAAGAUGGAAAGGGAAAAACAGAAGAAGCUAGAAAAAGAGAGAAUGGAACAGCAGCGCUCUCAACUGUCUAAAAAGGAAAAAAAGGAACAUAGAGAAACAGGAGAAGAGGAUGCACCUCGGUUACCACAGAAAAGUAAAUUUGAUAGUGAAGAAGAAGAAGAGGAUUUUGAUAAUGUAGAGGCUAUAAGUAGUGGCAAAGUCACCAGAAGCCCAUCUCCAACUGCUCAUGAGGAGCAGAGUGAACCAGAAAUGACAGAGGAAGAAAAGGAUUAUCAGAUGAUGUUGCUGACAAAAAUGUUGCUGACAGAAAUCCUCCUAGAUGUCACCAAUGAAGAAAUUUAUUAUGUGGCUAAAGAUGUCCAUCGUAAAGCAAUAAAAGCUCCUGCAAAACAGCUGGCACAGUCCAGUGCAUUGGCUUCCCUCACUGGACUUGGUGGACUGGGUGGUUAUGGAUCAGGAGACAGUGACGAUGAGAGGAGUGACAGAGGCUCUGAGUCAUCUGAUACUGAUGAUGAGGAACUACGGCACAGAAUCAGGCAAAAACAAGAAGCAUUUUGGAGGAAGGAGAGAGAACAGCAACUACUGCUAGAGAAACAGCAGGAAGAAGAAAAACUCCAAAAUGAGAGAAUUGCAAAAGAGAUGAGUGAACUUGCCAGUAAAGAGCAAGGCAGCAAUUCACCACUAGAAGAUGUGAAAGAAGCCGAGGAGGAGGAUGCAUUUAGUGAAAAGAAAAAGUCUCCAAAAGAAAUAACACCAGACAUCGAACCCAAAAAAGAGAUUAAAGAAAAAGAGAGAGCAGGAAGGAGUAGGUCAAAAAGUUCAAGUAGUGCUAGCUCAAGUAAUAAUAGCAGAAGUAGCAGCAGUAGCAGCAGUAGCAGCACAGCUAGUAGUUCAUCUUAUAGUAGUAGUUCAGGCAGCAGUCGUAGCUCUACACAUUCUUCCUCCCCCAAAAGAAAAAAAAGACGUCAUAGUAGGUCACCUAAAGUUAGGCGUAGCAGAAGUAGGAGCUAUUCACAUAGAAACAGAAGAGAAAGGAGUAGGAGCAGGGGUAAGGUAAGAGAAAGACAGAGAUCUAGUAGACACAAGAGUAUAGAAAGAAGGGAGAGGAGACGAAAUCAUAGUCCUUCCCAUGACCGAAACUGGGAAAGACGUAGAAGUGAUAGUCACUCAAGAGAUAGACUUACUAGCCAUUUCACUCGUAGUGGGAGUCGAGAUAGGCAUAAAAGUGAAGACCAGCACAGGAACAUAAGCGGGAACAGGCACAAACAUAGUCACGACAGCAAAAUUCAAGAGAGAAAAAAGGAACGCAGUAGGAGCAUAGAGAAAGAUAAGAAAAAGAACAGGGAGAGGGACCGAGAUCAGGAGAAGCGCAGGGAGAAACAGAGAAAAGAAGACAAAGACAGUAAAGCGGGCAAUCACGAAGAGAGAUUAAAAAGAAAAAGAGAUAGCGAAAGAACUUUCUCUCGUAGUGAUUCCUUGUCUUCCAAAAUGGUAAGGCAUGAUUCUAGGCAGGAAAGCAAGAAAAGUUCUACCAAAGAGAGCAAAAAGCAUUCAGGUUCAGAAACUAGCACAAGAAGCAGUUCUGAGUCACGGGGCAGCAGCAAAGAAAAGAAGCCGAAGAAAUCCAAGCAUAGUCGGUCACAGUCCAUGGAGAAAUCUCAAAGGUCUGGUAAGAAGGCAAGCCGCAAACACAAGUCUAAAUCACGAUCAAGAUCAAUGACUCCUCGUCGUAAACACUGAGGAAUGAUAUGACACUAGUCAUAAUGAUUUAAAAAUUCCAUGAGUUUUUAAGGGCUUGUCUCAUUAUAGAGGCUCAUUAUAGAGGCUACAGUUGUGGCUAUGUAGAUGAAAGCUGACCCCUUUUUUAAAAAAAAGAUCUGUAAAUAGCUGUAUUUUUUGGAAACACUGCUCGGAGUUAAGUACUUGCUAGGAUUUCUUUGUAUUUACAUUUUUCAAAACAGUAGUGCUUACCUAAGGCUAUGAAAUACGUCAUUCUCUUUCAGCUGUAAUGUUCUUAAAUUGCUAUUGAAUGUACUGUGAUGUCAAUAAAGUUCUUUAGUUCA